AUGAGUUAUAAUAGAAGUUAUUCGAAUAAUUCUAUGCACAAUAAACGUUCAUCAAAUGAUCCAUCAAAUAGUAGUUCGAAUUCGGUUCCUGAAGCAUCCAAUGUUUUAGAAAGUUUCUGGCAUAAGCUUGGGUUUGAUAAGCGAAGUUCUAAAUUAGCAAUUGAAAAUUCUGAAUUUAUGAAAAAGUUAAUAUCGGGCGCGGUUGCCGAGAGAAAGACUAGCGGAGAUACGUUUCCAAGAAAGAUCAUAAUAAAAUGUUGCAAAUUGUAUGAGAAUCUUGAUAAGGAGGAUAGAAUAAAGUUCAUAACUAUACUUGCUCGCGAUUUUGGCAAGUAUUGUGUAUUAAGAGAAAAUGUCAUUGAUGCCGCACAAAAUUACGUGAAUUUAUCUGAUGCAGAUGCCUACGGAAGAGCAACACAACGUGCUGAACAAAUUUUACGGCAUGCUAAUAUACCGUCACAUAACAUUUUCUUUGAUCGCGUAAACGAAUUACCAGAAGGAACUAAAUUCUUGAUAGAUAUGCGUGCUGAUUUGUUGUCUUUUAUGCGUGAAAACGUUCAUGACAUGGUUCUUUCCACCAUAAAUGAGAAUUUGAAGGAAAAAUUGGCAUCUUGGUUGCUGGGAUCUAUUGUUUUAAAGCAAAUUACGUGGGAUUCGCCCGUAAAAGUUUUGGAAAAAGUUAAAGAAUAUGAAGCAGUACACGCAAUAAAAGAUUGGCAGGAUAUGAAAAGACUUCCAUAUGAGCCCCUUUCCUUUAUUCACGUAGCAUUCACUAAAGAAGUUUCAGGGAACGCUAUACUAGAAGAGCCAAAUACUGAAGAUUCUAUAAAAACACCUGAAGAUUAUAAGUGUGCUAUGUUCUAUUCAGUCACAAAUAACCCGGGAUUAUCGGGAAUUGAACUUGGAAACUUCUUAAUUAAGAGUGUAGUUCGUAAGUUACAAUCAGAAUUUCCAUAUAUUGAAACAUUUUCAACGUUGAGCCCAAUACCCGGAUUUCAUCGUUGGUUGGCCACUGCAAUAAACAUUGAAGGUGAUUCUAUACUGGUAAACGGAGAAACGCAAAGAAUUAAGGAGCUGGGCACUAGAAACAGUUCUGAACUUUAUACAGAGAUAGAUAAGACUGAUGCUACAAAAAUACUAUAUGAUAUUAUUAAAAAAAAUGAGUGGUUCAAGGAUGAAUAUUCAGUUCAAGUGUUAAAACCUAUUUUGUUGAGAUUAUGUGCAAGAUAUAUCCUUACUGAGAAGCGAAGAAAUUUUGCACUCGAUCCUGUUGAACAAGGUCUUGAAAAGUCAUUUGGUAUAAUGAUAAAUUAUAAUUAUAUACUUGAACAUAUUGAAAGUAACAACAAACAAUAUUUGAGUGAUGGUACUAUUACCUUACCUUACAAAGAUCCUGUGUUAAUUGAAGAGGCUAAAAAUUCACCAAAUAUUAAAAUAAUAUAA